ACAUAAUCUACUUGUCACUGAGUAAUUAUUAAUUCUUGCAGAGUUUACCAAUGAAUGGAGAAGUGCUCUUUUAUGACGGUGCUGAGUUAAGUUUCAGUGAAGAGGUAUCAACUGAUUGUGAAGAUCCUGGUGACAUUCACUUUGUAGCAUCCAUCCAAAACUGGUUUAACCCUUACAACUGGCAACAGAUAGGAGUCAACAAAGAGCCAUUCAGGUCAUCCCCAGUCUCCAUCCUUCAAACAGACAACGUGCCUUGUGUACAUGACACUGUUGUCUUUCCACAGGCCAGCUCCUUUAUGGUCAAGUCUGUUUUGCCUGUCAGGGUAGCAGCUGUUGAACUGCUUGGGGAGGCACAAAAUUCCAUAAGUUUUAAGGAUUUCUGUAACAGUGCAUCUGGAAGCAUGCAGUUCAACUUUAUUGGUCCAACUAAUAUCACAGCAGUGCAGUGUGAUGACAGGACUGGCUGUGCAUGUGGAUAUUGGAAGUUUGCUGAAACCAUCUGUAGCCAUGUGAAAUGUGAGGAGCCUAUUUGUACAGGUGCUUUUAGACCAGAAGGAAGCUGUUGUGAUGUCUGUGGAACUUUGCUCAGACUAAGUUUGGAGCAAGACUUCACAAUGAAUGAUUUCAAACAUCGGCUGGCAAAUUUCUCUCAGACUGAAUAUGAAGGAGUAAGUGUUGCAACUUCCAAAACAGAAUCAAACUUUGUCCAAGUUUUGUUAAUAGAUCAGGAGGGUGGCAAUGGAGCACAGAAGGCUGCUGAACAACUCAAGGAAGUCUUGAUUUCAGAUAAAAGUUUCAAUGUGGCUGAUGUCUGGGUUCUUGAACAGUCAGGUGACAAGGCUAUUGCUGAGAAACCAAAGAACAGUUUGAUCAUUCCACUGGCAGUAGGACUUUGCCUUCUCUUCCUGUUUCUAGUUGCUGUCAUAUUCCUAAUCUGCAGUUGCACAAAAAGACAGAGCUACCCAUUUGUUACAGUGGCAGAUGGUGAUAUUGAGCUUACCAAUAUUGGUAACAACCAAGCUGUAGAUUAUAAAGAGAAUGGGGAGUUGGGGGAGAAGCAAUCUUCUGGUCAGGAUGCUUCUGGCAAGGUUAGAGAGUAAUUUACAGGAAAAGAAAAAAAGGAAAAUUUGUUUAAGAAAAGAAAGACUUUUGGGCCACUGAUUUAUUCCAUUGAGUUUCACAGUGGAGAGCUUGAAUUAAGGGCUACUGAGUUACAACUCCCAGACUACCAAGACUGGUUUGAUUCCAGUGGGUAAAACUUUUUCAACAAGAUGCCUUCUGACCUUUUGCUCCAACUUAUUGGUAUUGCCAUAAGCUGACAUGGGUAUAGAUCUUGCAGUGCCACCCUCCUGCCUCUCUCCUUCCAGAAAUACAAAUGGUAUGGGUGAAUGGCCAGGGAAACCUGAUAAAAUGGCAAGGGAGGGGGGGGAAGGGGGUGGUAAAUGAACAGUUUUUUCGCCUUCACAUGAUAGUCUUUAAUAUUUUUUUUCUUGUGUCUUUUCUUCCUUUAAAGAUGACAAUGAAAAAUCCCCUCUAUGAAAGUUCCACAAAGUGAAGAAGCUCAGAAACAAAUCAGAUAUGUCCUGCUGAUUGUCAAGAGGAAGAUUUACCAACAUGAUCCUCACUUUUCAUGCAUAGGCAGGAAUUUUCAAAUUUGUGUAAACUCUGUAACCCCUAAGGGUAUCUGGCAUCUAAUUUCUCUCUAGGGUAUUAAUGUUGAAUCAAAAUUAGGUUUAUAAGAACUCGAGAAAUGAUAAAAAACUUGAAGAGCUCUUGAUUGUUUGCUUAAUUCUCCUUGUCGGUGCCAUAGGAAAUGUAUAGAGAAUGCUAUGUAUGGAGAAUAUACAUGCUUGUGAUAGAGUGUUAAUAUUGAAAGAUUGCAUAUUAGUUUUGCUUCACUUUACUCUGCAAGUAAUCUCUAGCACCAGAGACAAUUCUCUUUUCUCUCUUAUUUUUAGGAUUUUAUCAAAUAAAUGUGAAUUUAUCACUGGAAA